AUGAACGCCGAGUCCUCGCGAUCGCACGCCAUCUUCACGCUCUUUGUCAAGCAAAGCCGCGUGGAUCGCGUGAAACUGGAGAAUGCAGAGGACAGUGCAGCCAGCACCGAACAGGAGCUCAUCACCCUCACCGCCAAGUUCAACUUUGUUGACCUGGCCGGCUCGGAGCGGAUGGCCCGCACCGGCGCCGUGGGAGAGCGCGCCCGCGAGGGCAUCUCCACCAACUCGGGCCUCCUCCACCUGGGCAACGUCAUCUCGGCGCUGGGCGACCGCUCGAAGAAGGCCUCGCACAUUCCCUACCGCAACUCGAAGCUGACCCGGGUGCUGCAGGACUCGCUCGGAGGGAACAGCGUCACCACGAUGAUCGCCUGCGUCUCCCCCUGCGACCUGGACUCUAAGGAGACGCUCAACACGCUGCGCUACGCGAACCGAGCGAAGAACAUCAAGAACAAGGUGGUGGCGAACAAGGUGGUGGCGAACCAGGACUCGCAGACGCAGCUGAUCACCGAGCUGAGGAAGCAGGUGAUGCUGCUGGAGCAGCAGAACAAGGAGCUCCGCCAAGGAAAGUUGCUGCUGAAGAGUGACGGCGAGCUGGAGAUGAAUGACGUCCACCUGGAGAANCUGAACAACGCCAACAUUCGCAUCAAGGCGCUGAGCACGCGGCUGAACGAGGUGCCGGAGGAGAAUGUGACGCUGCAGGAGCAGAUUGCCAUGAAUCAAGUUCGAAACUCUGCGGCUAAUGGCAGCGACGGCAACGAGGACUGCGCCGAGCACCUGAUCAAGGGCUACCUGAAGGAGAUCAACGAGCUCCGGUCGAAGGUGAUGGAGUCGGAGACGAUCAUCAGCAACUUUGAACAGUUCCCCAACUUCGAGAGCAGCGAUGACAUCGUCUCCCGAUGCAAGCAAGAGGUUGAGCAGAGCAAGGCUAAGCUCAGUAUGCUGGGCAGUGUCGAGAAGAGGACUGCAAAGCAUCAUCUCGCUGCUGAGGAGCACAACAAUGACGACAAGGAGAACAAUGGCGAGACGGACGACGAGGUGGAUGAGCACAUUGAGGAGGAGUUUGAGAAGAACAUUGCCGGGCAGAAUGCCGAGCUGGCCGCUCUCAUGGCGAUGAUCGCCUCCAAGGAGAA